AUGGUUGAACUAACUGAAAUUAAGGACGAAUCUAAUGGUACUGUCGAAACCCCACAAACUGUUCCAUCUGAACCAUUAAACACUGCUGAAACUAAGGAAGCUGUUGCAGAAGAAGAAAAUGAAGAGGAUGAAGAAGAUAGCGAUUUCGAUGAUGACUUUGAUGAAAAUGAAACCUUCUUCGAAAGAAUCGUGGCAUUAAAGGAUAUUGUUUCUCCAAAGCAAAGACAGACCGUCUGUGGCUUCUUCACAAGUACCACUACCUUCUUUAAAAGCGCAUUUGCUAAAGGUGGAAGUUUAACUUGGGCAUUAACAACAUCUGCUUUAUUGCUAGGUGUUCCAUUAUCCCUUUCGAUACUUGCUGAACAACAAUUGAUUGAAAUGGAAAAGACUUUCGAUUUACAAAAGGAUGCCAAUGAUUUAUUAGGUACUGAUGCUUCUGCACCAGCCACUGCUGCCUAA